AUGGACCCAUCGCCAGUAAAUUGGGAAGCUUUGGACGCCCUCGUCGUCGAUUUCGCUAAGGCGGAGCGAUUGAUCGACGACUCGCCGCCUCCGUCGUCGUCUUCCGCGUAUCGGUGGCGCCGCCUGAUAUCUCAGAUCAGGCGCUCCCUGGAGUCCGGCGACAUUGAUUCCGCCAUCGACCUCCUCCGGGCCAACGCCCCGGCCUUACUCGAAGAUCACCGCCUCCUGUUUCGUCUGCAGAAGCAGAAAUUUAUUGAGCUGUUGAGGAAAGGGACCGUUGAGGAUCGUGAUUCUGCCAUCAAGUGUGUGCGCUCGUCUCUCGCGCCGUGUGCGCUGGAUGCUUACCCAGAAGCGUACGAGGAAUUUAAGCAUGUUCUUCUUGCUCUCAUUUAUGACAAAGAUGAUCCGACAUCUCCAGUGGUAAAUGAGUGGUCCGAGAGGAAGAGGUUUGAGAUUGCAGGGCUGCUUUCGUCUGUCUUACGAGCUCAUUUCCUUGCAUAUGAUCCUAUGUUUUCAAUGACAUUGAGAUAUUUAAUAAGCAUACACAAGGGGUUUUGCCUUCAUCAGGGAGUCUCUUCGCCCAUAAGCGAUCUUACUGAAAGAUUGCUCCUCGAGGAGCGUGACCCCCCUGCAACAGCACAAGAGAGUUUGUUGGAAGCACCUCCAUUUGAUGAGGUGGACAUACAAGCACUUGCUCAUGCAGUGGAGCUGACUAGACAAGGGGCUGUAGAUAGCUUGAGAUUUGCCAAGGGUGAUUUGCACCAAGCAUUUCAGAAUGAAUUAUGCCGGAUGAGAUUAGACAUUUCUCUGCUUGAUGAGCUUGUUCACGAGUAUUGCAUUUAUAGGGGUAUUGUGGACUGUCGCCAUGUAAAUUCAUGCGAAGGAUCACUUGUUACAUCAGGAACUGAAAACAACACUGGUCGUGUGGAGCCACUCAGUAGCUUAUCUGAGAAUUGUCCGAUUGGUACUGACACUGAUAUGUCAACAGACAAUGUCCAUGCAGAUAGUUCUCAAAGUAACAUGGAAGUUCUAACCACACAACAUGGUGACAUGGAAGUGCGGUACCCUUGUGAGACAACCAGAUUGAAAGAAGAUUGUAGCACCAGUAGAACUCAUCAGCCUGAGGAUAGCAAAGUCGUGCUAGGAAACAGAAGUCGUGUAGCCGGGGAGAGAGGCAAACGUAAAAGAUGGAGGGGUAGAGAUGAGGAUCUAGAGUUUGGUUCUGAAUGUCUCAGUGAGAGUUGCAAACAUGAGCUUUGUACUAAUGUACCAGGCACAACAAGCUUUGAUUUUAAGAAGUCAUCCCUGAUGCAAGCUGUGAGCAGCAAUGCGGACAAGUUUGAGAUUGUCUUAGGCAUAAAGGAGUUAGCUAGCGAGGGAAUGGCAGCAGAGGUUAUUGAAGAAAUAAAUGCUCUCGAUCCUAAUUUUUUCACUGAAAACCCUACGCUGCUUUUCCAACUGAAGCAGGUCGAAUUUUUAAAGCUUGUCCGAGCCGGUGAUAAUUCUGGUGCAAUCCAGGUUGCGUCGUCUCAUUUGGGCCCUUUGGCUGCUAAAGACCCAGCUUUGCUUAAGCCAAUGAAAGAGACAUUGUUUGCUUUGCUCAGACCAACUGAAGAACCUUUUGGCAAACAUAGUUCCUUUGAUGUCCUUGCUACUUCACUCCAGGUUGCUGUUUGUAGGAGGCUAGGCAUAGAGGAACCCCAGCUGAUGAAAAUUAUUCGGGCCACCCUCAAUUCACAUAGUGAAUGGUUCAAGCUCCAAAUGUGCAAAGACCAGUUUGAGAGUCUCAUGUGGAUCCACUCUUUGAAAGAAAUCGGUGGCCCUUUGCUAGGAGAUGCUGCCGCCAAGUCCUGUAUCGACACUGGCACACAAGGAUCUUCGCCGGCUACAGUAUCUUCCAGCAACAUGAGGAUUCAGGAAGAUAACAGCAGCCCUAAUCAGACCACGUCAAGUGAUAUUGGAUGCGAGGAAAGUGCCAUCUUGAAAGUUAUGGAAUUUCUCGCCCUUCCUAGGGCUGAUGCUAUUCAUCUACUUGCACAGUACAAUGGGAAUGCAGAAACCGUGAUCCAGCAGAUAUUUGCUUAG